AUGUCAGGUUCAGCCCCAGAGGAGCCUCAGACCUCCCUUCCUCCAAGUGUUGGUGUUCCUGACCCCGCUCCAGUUGCUGUCGGACCUGGAGGCUCAAGUGACGUUCCCUUUGGUGAGCAAAACCUUAGCUUCACCACCACAGACGUCGGCCUGGUGGAGAUGAUGGAGAUUGAGUACACGCAGCUGCAGCACAUACUGUACUCGCACGCGGAGGCACAGGCUAGUGAAGGUGAAGUGGAAGCUAGGCUCCAUUCCUUCUCCUCACCCAGUAACGCUGCAGAGCCCGCUCUGCACCAGACCUCCCGGAACACCGGUCAGGAGGGGUGUGCAUCAAACAGCUCUGGGAACCAGCCAGUUUACCCAGUAGCCUGUCAGUCAGGGUUACCUUCCGACGGCAGCUUGCCAAGUUCAAACCCACAUUUGAGCCAUGCUGACUUUCAGGAGCUCAGGAUGAUGUUACUUAGCGAGUCUAACAUCCCUUUGAACCCAACAGAUAAAAUGCCUAGCAAUACCUCUGUAGAAGGCCCAGAACACAGUUUAGUAAAAGUUAAACAUGAUGAGAAUUUUGUUGGGGUGAAUAAAGAAAACAUACUUGUUGAAAAUUCGGCACUGGCACCAGAACUUAUAUCUAAAUCUGCAGUCAGAGUUCGGUUGGAAGACAGAUUCAACAGCAUCCAGACCGAAAACCCCAGAUGUCAAGAACCCCAAGAAUCUGGAGUAACUCUUAACAAUUUAGUAACAUUGAUUCGACAGCCAUCAGAACUGAUAGGUGUUCCUCUUCAUCAGCAAGAAAACAAGUGUGCUGCGUUAGGGAAAAAUAAGCCUGCACCUGCCACGUCUUCUUUACAGUUCACAUACCCGUUCUUUACGAUGAACGCAUGCUCCACUGCUGGAAGUGCUAAUCCUUCACAAGCACAGACUUCUGGAACGUCUUGCACUGUUUUGGAAGCUGCCAAACAUCAAGACCUUGGGGUGUCCAAGACAUUUUCUUUCUGCUAUCAGGAAGUUGAAUCCACAAAACAGACAGUAGGUGCUGUGAAUAAAGCUUUUCCUGAGGAAGUUUGGAUUAAAGUUGGAGACACCUUGUGCAAGCAGGUGAUAAACAGAAGAAGCUGCAGCCGCAUAAGCCCGUUGAACACGAACACGGAACGCAAACCUCUGGGUGAAAUUCAGAACACGCGUGAUGACAGCCAGAGUGGUGCCUCUGCCCAGGGCCCGUGGCAGGAGGCACCGGCGAGUUCUGGUGCCCAGGUGCCAAGCGGCACCCGGGAUGGAGUUGCUCAGCGAAGAGAGAGACAUAACCGCAUGGAGCGAGACAGAAGGCGCAGAAUCCGGGUUUGCUGUGAUGAGCUGAAUCUCCUGGUUCCCUUCUGUAACGUCGACACUGAUAAAGCAACGACUUUGCAAUGGACAGCUGCGUUCCUGAAGUACAUUCGGGAAAGGCACGGUGAUUCUCUGAAACAGGAAUUUGAGACUGUGUUCUGUGGUAAAACAGGCAGGAGGCUCAAAAUAACAAGAUCAGACUCGUUUGUAACGUGUCCAGUGCAGGAAAACCGCAUGGCUAUGGAGACCAAGUAG